CGGUGCGGGGACACGGUGAGCAAGGAUGACUAAAAACAAGCGGGAGAAUCUCGGCGUCGCUCAGGAGAUUGAUGGGCUAGAGGAGAAGCUGUCUCAGUGUCGGAAGGACCUAGAGGCUGUGACCUCGCAGCUCUACAGGGCAGAGCUGAGUCCUGAGGACAGGAGGGCUCUGGAAAAGGAGAAAACCACCCUCAUGAGCAGAGCCUCCAAGUAUGAGAAGGAGCUAAAGCGGCUUCGGCAAGAGAAUCGGAAGAACAUGCUCCUCUCGGUGGCCAUCUUCCUCCUCCUCGCUCUACUCUAUGCCCACUGGACUAUGUGAGUCAGCCGUCCUCAGCCAUGCAGGUUCCCUUCCACUCUCUACUCAGGGACCAAGCAACCUUUCAAGCUCAAGACAGAGGUGGGGGCCUUUUCCCCCUGUGGUUGCCCAGCAGCUGCAGCAGAAAGGCAUGGUACUGCCUCCUCCUAGUGCUCAGUCCGAGGGGCAAUAAAGAGCCCCAAGCUCUGC